CUGCUGCUGCUGCUGCUGCCGCCGGGGCCCGCGCACGCCUCGGAGAUCACCUUCGAGUUGCCCGACAACGCCAAGCAGUGCUUCUACGAGGACAUCGCGCAGGGAACCAAGUGCACCCUCGAGUUCCAGGUGAUUACUGGUGGUCACUAUGAUGUAGAUUGUCGAUUAGAAGACCCUGAUGGUAAAGUGUUGUACAAAGAGAUGAAGAAACAGUAUGAUAGUUUUACCUUCACAGCCUCCAAAAAUGGGACAUACAAAUUUUGCUUCAGCAAUGAAUUUUCUACUUUCACCCAUAAAACCGUGUAUUUUGAUUUUCAAGUUGGAGAAGAUCCACCUUUAUUUCCUAGUGAGAACCGAGUCAGCGCUCUUACCCAGAUGGAAUCUGCCUGCGUUUCAAUUCACGAAGCUCUGAAGUCUGUCAUCGAUUAUCAAACACAUUUCCGCUUGAGAGAAGCUCAGGGCCGAAGCCGAGCAGAGGAUCUAAAUACACGAGUGGCCUAUUGGUCAGUAGGGGAAGCCCUCAUUCUUCUGGUGGUUAGCAUAGGGCAGGUAUUUCUUCUGAAAAGCUUUUUCUCAGAUAAAAGAACCACUACAACUCGGGUUGGAUCAUAACUGCAUUCUGAGAGUUGAUGCACCAUUGCCACUGUAAUAUUGCUGUCCUCUAAUUAAUUUAGGUACUGAAGGACUUAAUAUUGGCAACAUUUUUAAGACCUUACCCAUACACUUAUUGGGCAGGAUACACAAUGCGUAUCCCCACACUGUGGAAAGGACACCUUUUUUUUAUUUGUAAAGGUGGAAAAACUUUGGAACUUAUUUUGGGCUAUUCAUGUUAAAUAUUCAACACCAAUGAUCUACUCUUUUCUUGGUUGUUUAUAUUGACUCUUGGCACACUAAAUUUUGGUAUUUUGAUUCAUUUUAGCCAUUUAAAAGUACUUUUAUUAUAGGUAGCUGAUAUUUUAAAAACCAUAGAUUUAAUGUGUGUACAUGCGUAAUGGAGGAAGAAAAUUGCCUUUUAAUUGUUUAUAGUGAAUAAAGUUUUAUUUUUAAAAAAAAAUCAAAUGUGAUUAACUGUAGCUCAAGCCUAUUCUGCACUGUUUAAUUUUAUGGAGGGGAAAAAAUCUACCCAUAGAAAUGUGUUUAGUAACAUGGAUACAAUUUUUAAUUGAUACAUCACGAUAUAAUUCAUUUCUCACUAGUCUGGAAAAUGUCAGGUGUGAUUUUGUUUUGUUUUUGUUUUUGUUUAUUCUAUGAUUUCUAUCCAGCUGUGUCCUUUUUAUAUAAAGGCAUUCUUACCAUAGAAAACAGUUAAGUUUCAGUACCAUAAUAGAGUUUAUACAGGCCUUAAAAAUCAGACAAUUACAACAGGUAGGAUAAUUGCAGAAUAAUUUAAGACAGCACAAUGGGGGCAAAUGAAAUGGAAAAAUUUUGUUUAUCUGUACUGAUUACAUUUUCAGUCCUUUUACAAAGAAAAAAGGUGAUGUGUUUUAACAUUUUGUCUGAUUCUUGCCCUUAUGUGUCUUACUGUCUGUGAGUCUUUCCCAUUUUAAAUGGUUAACAUUUGCACUAUUAAUAUCACAUAAGCGCUAUACAUUUUAGCCUCAUGGGUAUAAUGCACUGAGAAGUUAGUUUCUUCUGGCUUUUUAUUUUUUCUUGUCUUGCACAUUUUAUUUCUGCAGUCUCUAGUUAGCAUCUCUAAAAUUAUUUUAAAAUAUAGAACAUUGAGUAUGUUUUCUAUUUGAUAAUCUUCAUUGAUUGUACUUCAUUUAAUGAGAAAUAGUGCAUAUUCUGUACACUAUAGGGUUUAGACUGUAUUUAUAUUUUCUAACUUGUGUAGAUUGAGCUGAUUGAAAUAAGAUUUUGUUCCAAGUCUUCUAGAAGAGAGUACAAGAUGAUGUAAAACUGUAUAGAUAUUUAAAGCUUUUCUGCUCUUUAAAAAAAAAAAAUUGCAAGUGUUUUUCUGCCAUGCCUCCUUCCCCACCCAAAGGUGAUCAAUGCUGAACAAAGCUGUCAUAGAGAAAUUUUGAUACACGAUGCUGUGGAAUACUGAUCAGAUAGCAGUUCUACUCACUUACCGUUACGGACCUGAAGUUAACUUUAAUUCUAAGGUGUCUUAAAAUACGUGUAUACACUUCCCAUGUGAGAGCAACGGGGAUUCAGUUGUCGUGCUUGCCUAUUUCACAUGCCAUGGUGCAGCAAGGGGAAAACAUGUUUUCAACCCUUUAAUUUUAAGAUUUGUGAAGACUGAAUGGCAGCCCUUUAAAUAACAUCUGUCUGUGGAUUAAGAAGUAAAAUUUCAGAUUUUACAGAUUUCUCUAUUUGGGUUCUUGUACUGGAGUUGUCCUACAGCUACUCGAAGGGUCCCUUUACAUUUAGAUUUGAAGAUUUUCAGCACUAAUGUUAAUGUGACUGAUGAGCUUAAGCAGAUGUGAAAUGUCCUUUUCUGGCUAACUGCACUUCCUGUGUUCAGAUACUUCUGCUGUGGUGGUACCGGGGCGGGUGUAGA